AUGAGAGCGAUAAGAUAUUCGUCAACAUUUGAAGCAUUUAAUAUUGAACGACGUACAAUACGUUUAACUUUAUUAUAUAAUAAUUAUCCAUCAAUCUAUAUUAAUGAACAAUUUCAGCAAUUUUUUCUCAAAUAUUUACCGACGAUUUCAUUAAUUUUACCACUUAUUGAAAAUCAAGAACAAUUUGUUAUUUUACGUAAAAAAUUAUUAGAAUAUCCAUCAGUUAAACAAAUUCUAGUUGAUAAAAGUGCAGCUACUGUUGAUAAUAUUAUUAUUAUUCGAGAUCAAUAUGGUCAAAAUGAUGAUGAAGAAACAACGAAUAAUAAUAAAGAUAAUAAAUUUCAAAAGAAAAUUUUUAUUCAUUCUCUAUAUGAAGGUCGGUUUCGACAUAUACAACGAGAAAUACAUGAAAUUCAUGAUAGUUUCUUCAAGAAUACGAUUUAUCAAGAUAUUCGAUUAAUAGUUGGUCAUCGAAAUAAUCCAAAUAUUGAAUAUGAAUUAACAACAAAGCGACCAUGUUCAUCAUUAUUAAAAAAUCAACCAUUACAAAAAAAACAAAAAGUCAAUGAACCAAAUACAACAGUCUAG